CGGCGUCCCCCGCCCGGCCGGGGCUCGGAGCCUUCCCGUGAGGGCGACCGAGCGCCCUCCCUCCUCCGGCGCCUCGGGGCCGGCUGGGGCGAGGAGGAGGAGGGGCCGGGCGGACAUGGCCAGCCGUGAUAAGUGGGAACGCCUGAGGCCGCUGCAGCCGGACACGCUGCGUGUGAGUGAGCCACCAGUGAUCAACCUGAAUGAGCACAAAGAUGCACAGCUUGUGAAAAAAACUGUGGAAGGCAAAAGGCCACGAUUUGAUGCAUCCUUGGUGCUUUUGACACGAAGAUUUAUGGCUCUUCUCAAAAAAGCUCCAGACGGUGUUCUUGAUUUAAAUGAAGUAGCAACAACACUUGGAGUACGAAAACGAAGAGUGUAUGACAUCACCAAUGUGUUGGAUGGAAUCGACUUAAUUCAGAAAAGAUCUAAGAAUCUUAUCCAGUGGAUAGGUUCUAAUCUUGACCAAGUUGUUGGAAAAGCACCAGAGCAGCAAAACCUUAAAGAAGAACUUUCUGACUUGUCAGCCAUGGAAGAAGCUCUGGAUGAAUUAAUCAACAAUUGUGCUCAUCAGAUAUUUGAACUAACAGAUGACAAAGAAAAUGCAAAACUAGCUUAUGUUACAUACCAAGAUAUCCGAAGCAUUCAGACAUUUCAAGAACAGAUUGUGAUUGCAAUCAAAGCUCCAGAGGAAACCAAAUUGGAAAUACCAGUUCCUAAAGAUGAUCACAUAGAAGUACAUGUGAAGAGCACAAAAGGACCCAUUGACGUGUAUCUAUGUGAGGUGGAAAAAGAGAAGCCAGGUGCCAAAACUUGUGAAGAUAUGGAUGCUGUCACUUCUGAAAUUGAACCAUCAGUUUCUCCUGAUGAAGUGAGAUCUCCGAGGGAAGAAAAAAACUCUUCUGAGAUGCCAGAUUAAUUACAACAUAAAAAUCCAAUACAAUCUAUAACCUGUGUUAUAGAACUUUUCCAAAGCUGCUUGGAUCUGCAAACUUCAUAUCCUGAAACGUUCCAAAGUGUUUUAAAAAAAACCAGCUGUGGAUUGAUUCAGUGCUUUCAUAGGAUUACUUAUCUUACCAAGUCAAAAGACAGCAGUUCCUGGAAUUGCUUUUAGGAGCCUUGUUUUCAUAAUUGCAUGUGAUCUACAGAGCUUUGGGAAAAGGGUAUUUUACCUUAUAAUUUUAAUUGACAAAAACAUAGGUAAUUAAUUGCUUCUAAAAAUGAAGGUUGGAAAACUAUUCCUGGAGCAGUCCACAAUCUGUGUGAGAAUGUGUAAAAUGAAGAAAUGCACUUUCAGUUCUGAGUUCUGCACUACUAAGCAGGAUUGUCAAUUACAAGUUUAGCAAAGAAGUGGUGUAUAGGAAGCUUUUGCUAUAAGGAACAAGAUGUAAAUAUCCUGAGAGUUAUGCCUUAGACUGUGUAGGUGCUGUUUGCAUUGUUUGCAUCCAGCUCUGCAUGAACUAUGGUAUCAACACUGAAGUGAAAUAACUGGGCUUUGUGUACAUACCUGUAUCAUGUCUAGGUAGUUACUGAUGUAGAUUUAUUGAGAUAGUUUGCAUUUCAGCCUUUGUACAGCAAAGAAAUAAAGUAAGCUUACAAAAAUAUGAAAUAGUCUAAUAAAACAGGUUGGGUUGCCUUUGUUGGAAUUCACUGUGUAACUGCAAACAUUUUAAAUUAUGCGAAAAUUUAAAAUCUGUUUUACCUGGUGCUGGCAGCUAACAGCUCUGCAUCUUGCGAUGCCACAAUCCCGUAGCAAUUUUCAGGAGAAAUGUUGUGAUCAAUAACUACUUAAGUUGGUCCAUUCCAGUUUCCAGAGUGUACAUAUGGCUGAGCUUCGGCUGAGUAUCAUGACGUCUUUGUGGCUCAGCUUGCAAAAAUACAUAAAAUACUUAAUAACUCUAUCUGUAUUCAUCCAGCUUUAGUAUCCGUAAAAUGAAACUGCGGCGUUUUGAUACUGGGUUUUCUAAGGGAGUGAACUGUCACUAUACAAAUGCCGUGCUGAAAAUGCCGUGCAGUACUGAAAAGUGACACCAUAGGUUUCAGGGCAUUAAGGGGGUGUGUUGGCUGGUUUGUAUUUAAAUUGGAAGUCCAAGUCCUUGUUUUCCUGAUCUCACAGCAUCAACAACUAUGCAUCUACUCACAACUGGGAAAAAAACCAAGUGCAAGCUUGUGUUAGAAAGUAAUCUCGACUUCUUACAUAUGGGCUACCACCUUCCAGCUCCAGAAUACAGGACUUCAAUAUUGGAUACUAUUUUUCUGUCUCUGUAAAAUGCAAACUACAGGCUGAGUUGUUACAAUAAUAAAUACAAGCAAAGUGACAGCACAAUUAAUACAUAUAUCACAGUAAAUAUGGGGAAUGUGCUCCUUCAGUGAAUCUGGAAGUGACAGUAAGAGCAUCUUUUUGUACAGAAAGAUUGUCCUUCAGUGGCUGGCUUCUUUCCAGAUGGCAAACUCUCUAUUUGAUUUUUUACAUUGCUGUUGUGCUUUGGUGGGGACGGAGGUCUGUGCUGAAGAGAAGUAUUGAUUCCCCUACACUGGUUCAACAACUCAGGACAAUGUUUGCCAUAAAACAAAACAGCACUAACAACUAAUACUGAAUGUUCUGUGUUACAGUGGGAUUUUAUUACAUGUUCAUAAAAUCUUGGAAUGGUUUGGGUUGGAAGGACCUUAAAGAUCAUCUAGUUCCAACCCCCCUGCUGCAGGCAGGUUCACUUUCCACUAGAUCACAGAAUGAUCGCUUAAGUUGGAAAUGACCUUCAAGACCACUGAGUCCAGCCUUAACUGCCAUGUUAACUAGGCCAUAGCACUAAGUGUCAUGUCCAGUCAUUCCUUGAACACCUCCAGGGAUGGUAAAUCCACUGGCUCCCUGGUCAGUGUGUUCCAAUACUU